AUGACUGUUAUUAAAUCAAUACUACUUCUGCAAAUUUUAAUCCUAUCGUUGUUGCAAAAUGUGAAAGAAGUGCACACAUCAUGUCCAUUCCAUGAUUUAUUUGCUGGUAACGCUGCUGCUUCAACACAAACCACAACACCCCCAAGAGGAGAUUUUUGCAAUCUGGGACCAACAACAUGUGAGGAUACCAACUAUCGAUCUAUAGAUGGAUCUUGCAACAAUUUGGCUAAUCCUCUUCUUGGCAUGGCCAAUUACAAAUUCUCACGACUAUUACCAGCGAAAUAUAGCGAUGGAAUACAUCAACCAACUGGCUCACUUGCAGGAGGACCAUUACCAAAUGCAAGAUCUAUAUCGUUAUCGUUAUUCGGCGAACGAGAUGUUCCAGAUCCAGAUUUUUCACUCAUGAAUAUGCAAUGGGGUCAAAUAGUUGCUGGAGAUUUCAGUCGGGUAUCAAAUGGUUCUACAUCAAAUCGUUUCGUCCGUUGUUGUUCACAUGAUUUUCGUUACCUCGAAAGGAACCCUGAAAUUUGUUUUAAUCUUGAUAUUCCACCCGAAGAUCGUUUCAAUUUACAAUACGGAAAUGAAUGUAUGGAUUUCAUUAGAACUUUAACCGAUGAAGGUACAAAUUGUAAUUACAAUGGCGGACCAGUAGAACAAUUGAAUGCAGUUACCAGUUAUAUGGACUUGUCGAUAUUGUAUGGUAACACAAUGUCGGCAAUUAGCAGUGUACGUACUUUUCAAAGAGGUCGAUUGAAUGUUGAAGAACGAAACGGUUACCAAUGGCUAAUGAAGAAUCCAAUGCCAACCGUAUUCUGUAAUAUUGAUGAUGAAAAUGGAAUUUGUUAUGCAGGUGGUGAUAUACGAGUGAAUUCAUCACCAGGUGUUACCAUUUUGACAACAAUGCUUUUGCGUGAACACAAUCGUUUAGCUGGUGAAUUGGAAAAAUUGAAUCCCCAUUGGACAGAUGAGCUGUUAUUUCAGGAAGCUAGAAAAAUUUUAACUGCACAAUACCAACACAUUAACUACUACGAAUUGAUGCCAAUAUUUUUGGGUCGUGAGAAUAUGCUGAGAAAUAAGUUGAUCUAUGAUGUGGCCGAGGAUUGCCAUGUCAAUGAUUAUGAUCCUAAUGUUGAUGCGACUACUCUUAAUGAAUUUACUACUGCUGCUUUCAGACACUUCCAUUCGCAAUGCGAGGGUCGUUUGGAUUUGAUCUCCGAAUUGAGAAAUGUAGAUGCUUCUGUGCGUUUACGUGAUUGGUUCAAUAAACCUGAAAUUAUUGAAUUUGGUGAUAACUUCGAUUCGCUUUCUAGAGGAAUGGGAUCGCAACCGCAACAACUUACUGACAACAAUAUUGAUGUAGAGAUUAAACAUUUUUUGUUUCCAAGGGGCAAACCAUUUGGUUUGGAUCUUCGUGCAAUCGAUACUCAUCGUGGUCGCGAUCAUGGUUUAGCUUCCUACAACGAUUUAAGAGAAUAUUGUGGUAUCAAGAGGGCCAACAAUUGGGAGGAUUUCUUAGAUCUCAUUAAUCCUUAUAGUGUUGAAGGAUUAAAAGCUUUUUAUAAAAGCCCUGAAGAUGUUGAUCUAAAUGUUGGUGCAGCAUUAGAGGAUUUUGUACCUGGAACACUGGCUGGUCCAACAAAUUUAUGCAUUUUGAUUGAACAGUUUUAUAGAACUCGAGUUGGUGAUCGGUUUUUUUACGAGAACGAUAAUCCUAAGACCGGAUUUACAAAAGAGCAACUUAGAGAGAUUCGCAAGGCAAGUGCGGCUAGAAUAAUGUGUGAUAAUGGAAAUCAAAUUCAGACAAUGCAGCCUAGAGCUUUCAUUUCUGUUUCAAAAACGAAUCCUAUCGUACCGUGUGAGGCACUUCCGACACUUGACUUGUCUAAAUGGAUUGAUAGAACUCAAACAUAAUCUAUAAUAAUCUAUUUGUAGAUAAAUAAAUAAAU